GGGAAAUGUAGUUCAAGGCCGCAAAAGCCCGGAUGUCGAGAAGGCGCGCGGCGGCGGCGAAGACGGAGCCGCGGGGACGCUUGGGAGGCGCGGCCCGCGCGGGAGUACGCAGGCGCGGCCGGCCGGCCGGUAGUCGAAGGUGGAUAGUCUCCAGCUGGAAUGGAUUGGGAGCUGGAAAAAGGAAGAGAAGUCAGAAGGCAGGGACAAGAAGAGGCUAACAUGACUGAUACCAUUAUAAUUUAGUGAGAAAAUGAACAAGCCAGACAUUUUGGAAGAAAAGUAAUAAAGGAGGAGGAACCGUCCCUUUUCUAAAGAGGAGCCCAGAGGAAGGCUGGUCAUCUCUUGCAAAUCUCAAAACCAUGGCUCAGGGAUCAGUGUCAUUCAAAGAUGUGACUGUGGACUUCUCUCAGGAGGAGUGGCAGCACCUGGAUCCUGCUCAGAAGACACUAUACAUGGAUGUGAUGUUGGAAAACUAUUGCCAUCUCAUUUCUGUGGCAGGGUGUCACAUGACCAAGCCUGAUGUGAUCCUCAAGUUGGAGCGGGGAGAAGAGCCAUGGACAUCAUGUACAGGUCAUACCUGCUUAGAAGAAAGCUGGAAAGCUGAAGACUUGUUAGUGAAAUUCAAGGAACAACAAGAUAAGUAUUCUAGAUCAGUUGCAUUAAUCAACCACAAAAAACUGAUUAAGGAGAAGAGUAAUACCUAUGAAAAGACAUUUACAUCAAGCAAAAACCCUAUUAAUUCAACAAAUCUACCUCCUGAAUAUGACACUCAUGGAAAGAUUUUUAAAAAUGUUUCAGAGUUAAUCAUCAGUAAUCUAAGUCCUACACGGAAGAGACUUAGUGAGUAUAAUGGAUAUGGGAAAUCACUCUUCACUACAAAGCCAGAGACAGCUCACUCUGGAGUCAAAGCCCAUAAUCAGCGUGCCAGGACUGUCAGUCAUAGUGAAGUGCUUAUGCAACAUCAUAAGGUGGAAACUCCAGCACAGUCAUUUGGAUAUAGUGACUGUGAGAAAUCAUUUCUUAAAAAGGGAGGCUUAAUUACACAUAAUAGAGCUUACAGAAGGGAAAACCCAUCUGAACAUACUAAAAGGAGAAGAGUAACCAAUAUUGAAAAAAAGCAUACAUGCACUGAAUGUGGGAAGUCCUUCUGCAGGAAGUCAGUAUUGAUUCUGCAUCAGGGAAUUCACACAGAGGAAAAACCCUAUCAAUGUCAUCAAUGUGGAAAUUCAUUUAGAAGGAAGUCAUAUCUCAUUGAUCAUCAGAGAACUCACACAGGAGAGAAACCCUUUGUUUGUAAUGAAUGUGGCAAGUCCUUCCGCCUAAAAACAGCCCUCACUGAUCAUCAGAGAACACAUACAGGGGAGAAAUCAUAUGAAUGUCCACAAUGUAGGAAUGCCUUCAGGUUAAAGUCACACCUCAUUCGCCACCAGAGAACUCACACAGGAGAGAAACCAUAUGAGUGUAAUGACUGUGGGAAGUCUUUCCGCCAGAAGACAACACUCUCCCUACAUCAGAGAAUUCAUACAGGAGAGAAACCCUAUAUUUGUAAAGAAUGUGGGAAGUCCUUUCACCAGAAGGCAAACCUUACUGUACAUCAGAGAACUCACACAGGGGAAAAGCCCUAUAUUUGUAACGAAUGUGGGAAAUCCUUCUCCCAGAAGACAACCCUCGCACUUCAUGAGAAGACUCAUAAUGAGGAGAAACCUUAUAUUUGUAAUGAAUGUGGAAAAUCCUUCCGCCAGAAGACAACCCUCGUAGCACAUCAGCGGACACAUACAGGGGAAAAAUCCUAUGAAUGUCCUCACUGUGGGAAGGCCUUUAGAAUGAAGUCUUACCUCAUUGAUCAUCACAGAACUCACACAGGAGAGAAACCAUAUGAAUGUAAUGAAUGUGGGAAAUCCUUCAGUCAGAAGACAAAUCUCAAUCUACAUCAGAGAAUUCACACAGGAGAGAAGCCCUAUAUUUGUAAUGAGUGUGGGAAGUCCUUUCGCCAGAAAGCAACCCUCACCGUACAUCAGAAAAUACAUACAGGGCAGAAAUCCUAUGAAUGUCCUCAGUGUGGGAAAGCCUUUAGCAGGAAGUCAUAUCUCAUUCAUCAUCAAAGAACUCAUACAGGAGAGAAACCAUAUAAGUGUAAUGAAUGUGGAAAGUGCUUUCGCCAGAAAACGAAUCUCAUUGUACAUCAGAGAACUCAUACAGGGGAGAAACCCUAUAUUUGUAAUGAGUGUGGGAAGUCCUUCAGUUAUAAGAGAAACCUCAUUGUCCAUCAGAGAACUCACAAGGGAGAAAACAUGGAAAUGCAAUAAUAAAUGAUAUGAUUUCUUUGUGAAGCCUAAAUUAUUGUAAAACUUUAGUUUUUUUUUUAAAAAAAAAGCAUGCUUAAACAUGUUAAUAAGGUAAUUUUAACCACAAAUGUAAUAAUAAUUAUUAAAGUACAACACCACAUAACUAUUUAUCUACUGUUUACUAGCAUAUAAAAUGGGUAUUAUUGAUACUGAACUCGAUCAGCAAUGAAGCUAAUUUUUUAAGUUUUCAGGUUCUGCUGACUCAGUUUAUUUUUUUAAAUGUUUAUAUAAUACAUACAGAGGCAAGAUACAAAAUGGUUAUAAGCAUCAGUCUCCAUAAGAGGAAAAAAAUAGGAAGUAUAUUUCUCAUUGCACUCUGGAAUAAAAAGUAGUUGUUACUUCCCCAAAGAUUACCACUUCCCUGGCUUUUAACAUGAAGUAGUUUUUGCAUGGCUUUAAACUUAAUAUAUAUUUUAUGAUACAUUAUGAAUUCUUUUGUGUCUUGUUUCUCUCAGUAUUUUUAAGAUUCAUGCAUUAUUGCAUGUGGCAAUAGUGUAUCCGUUGUCAUUCUGUAUAGUAUUUCAUUUUAGGAAUAUACUGCUAUUUAUCCUCUUGAUAGUUAUUUCUAUUUUUUAUAAUUUUGUGUUGUAAUAAAAAUACUGCU